AUGUCUUCACUUCCACCUGGGGUAGCUCUUGCGAGCACAGUUACUUCAGUAGCUGCGCUUGGUUUCGUACCUGUUGCCGUGCAUUUCGACCUCUUUGGCACUUUGGCAAAUAUCGAAGGCCCAGCGAGCGGAGAAGAUGUUUUGGCCGCCUAUAGAAACAGCCAGGGUGAUAAGACCGAAGAUAACGUACCAUGUUUACGUUUAGUUCAGGAUACCCUAUAUGCCAUGUCCGGUUUGGGCUUCGUUGAUUUUACCGGAGACGAUCUGUACAGCGCCAAUGCGAUCACUAAACACUUGGCUAUCAUGCCUUCCGCGCAACAUGGAGCACUUCACUUUACAACGGAAGCUCUCCUGGGCGCUGCAUUCUUGAUGAGAAAGUUGCAAGCAGAUAACUUCAAAUACCCAUUCAAAGAACUGGAUACACCCUACCAAUACGCCUAUCAUUUAAUGGGACUGGAGGAGCUAGCGAAGCAGCACACGUAUUCCAUCAUGACCGAUGAAGGACGGAUGGACAGCUUCAACCACUUCAUGGUUGGCAAGUUCAUGAAGACAAAUAGUGCUCCUGAUCGCCUUAGGGCACUCGGAUACGACUUACAGUCCGUGCUAAACGAGGCAGGAGACGCUGUCCCGGCCACUAUGGUCGAUAUUGGUGGGGGCCGUGGAGAGCUGUUGCUGGAUAUUAAAGCGGCAUAUCCGGACUUGCAAGCUUCCGACCUUGUGGUACAAGAGUUUAAUCAGGAAAUUACAGAGAUUCCUGGAAUUACGCUGGCCACAUGGAACUAUAAGGAGGACAGCCCACAACCCAUUACAGGAGCAUUGGUCUACCAUCUCGCGCAUAUUCUCCAUAAUCUGUCGGAUCUACAAGCUGCGCGUUUGUUACAGAAGGUAGCCGAAGCUAUGGCAUCCCAUUCUCGUGUUCUAAUUCAUGAGUUUCCGAAGAAUGUGAACUAUGCCAAGAUGCAUUCGGCAAUGAUUACAUUAUACGCAGGGCGGGAGAGAAGUGCGGUCGAGUGGCGGGAGAUGGCUGCAUUAGUAGGGCUAAAAGUGACCUUUGAAGCUUACCCGGAAGUUGGUGAAGGAUUGAUUGAGAUGAGAAAACUUUGA